GGAGGAGUAGCGAAAAGCCACAAACAACGUGCUCGCAACACAACAAACCCACCAACCAACAUGGCGCUGCGCAUGCUGCUGGCCAGAGUGCACGGUGGUGGUGCUUUGAGCACCGCUGCACCGUUGAGCGCUGCCGCACAGGCCCUGGCACUGGCGGGGCGAAGAGGACACGCAACCACCACCGCAGCAGGAACAACAGAAGCAGUGGCAACAGAAACAACCACAGCAAGCGAAUCCAAAGGCACUGGCGGAGAUGAGUCGCAACAGCAGCGAAAGCCGCUGAAGCGCAGGCGACAGUCGUUCAAGCAGCUCAAGGACUUUAUGCCGGCGCCAGAUGGCUCCGUUGGGUCCACGCCAGAGAUGGCUCUGGGGCAAGGCACAGUCAAGCAAGCGUUUCCCCCGCUCGCGCCGAGCCGCCUCGACGGCAAGCGUGUUCUCAUCCAAACCUACGGCUGUCAGAUGAAUGUGAACGACUCCGAGCUGGCAUGGUCCAUCCUCAAGGAAGCAGGUUGUGAGAAGGCCACAGACGUCGAAGAGGCGGACAUUGUGCUGCUGGUCACGUGCGCCAUCCGCGAGAACGCAGAGACCAAAGUGUGGACCAAACUGGACCAGCUCUCCCACAUCAAGCGCAAGCGCCCAAAGCACAAGGACCUGCAGAUUGGCGUUUUGGGCUGCAUGGCCGAGCGGCUGAAGCACAAGCUGGUUGAGGAGUCCAAGUGCGUGGAUAUUGUGGCGGGGCCAGACGCAUAUCGGGAGCUGCCAACUAUGCUCUCCCGUGCAGCCGCCGGCGACACCCAGGUGAAUGUGCUGCUGUCGCUUGAGGAGACGUAUGCGGACCUUACGCCCGUCCGCCACAACCCGAACUCUCCGUCUGCUUUCGUCUCCAUCCAGCGUGGCUGCGACAACAUGUGCAGCUACUGCAUCGUUCCCUUCACAAGAGGCCGUGAGCGCAGCCGCCCCGUGAGCGCCAUCCUGCGAGAGGUGCAGCAGCUGAGCGAGCAGGGCGUGAAGGAGGUCACCUUGCUUGGUCAGAACGUCAACAGCUAUCUCGAUCACUCCCAAAUCUCCGUCGCCACCGCUGCGCCCGUCGUCAACACCCCGGGCUUCAAGACGAUUUACAAACGGAAGAAAGAUGGCAUCACCUUCGCACAGCUGCUCGAGCAGGUUGCGCAAGUUGACCCGGAGAUGCGCAUUCGAUUUACGUCCCCGCACCCAAAGGACUUCCCUGACGAGGUUCUGCAUGUCAUCCGCGAUCACCACAACGUCUGCAACCAGAUUCAUCUUCCUGCACAGAGCGGCAGCGACGCCGUCCUUGACCGCAUGCGAAGGGGAUACACCCACGCCGCGUACUGCGAACUCGUUGACCGCAUUCAUGACCUCAUUCCAGAUGUGACGCUCUCCUCGGACUUUAUUUCCGGGUUCUGCGGCGAAACGGAGGCGGACCACCUGGACACCCUCCGGCUCCUGGAAUACGUCAAGUACGACAUGGCGUACCUCUUCGCAUACAGCCUGCGUGAGAAGACGCACGCGCACAGGCGGCUGCAGGACGAUGUGCCGGAGGAUGUCAAACUCGCGCGCUUGAACGAUCUCAUCCAACUCUUCCACAAGCACGCAAAGAACAACAACGCACAGAGACACGGUUCCGUGCAGACGGUCCUCAUUGAGUCAGCGAGCAAGCGGUCUGAGGAUGAGCUGGUGGGCCGGAGCGACGGCAACCUCAAGGUCAUUGUGCCAAAGACAUUCACAGACGCGCGCACCGCCAAGCAGACCACCCUCCGCACGGGCGACUACGUCUUGGUUGAAGUGAACGACUCCACGUCAAUGUCGCUGCGGGGAACGCCAAUGAUGCUCACGAGCCUCGUGCGCAGCGCAGAGGACACCCAAUAUGAGCAGCAGCUGCAGCAGCACCUCACGCCUCGCGCUUCAGGGGCCGCUCCUGUUCAGCACCAUGCCAUGUAGAUAUCGCACCACCAUUGAAUCGUUUCACAUACACACACCACAUCACAUGCACAAUUACAUCACAUGCACAAUUACAUCAUAUAACACCCGCACGAACAUGAGAACUCGGCAUAAGUACACAGAGAUUUGGCAAUGAUAGCAAGUAGGAUUGAAGGGAUACG